AUGUCUGCGAGCCCAGAGGAUGGGCCGCUCGCGAGUGCGCGGCAUGCGGUGCUGCAGAUCGGUGGGAUGACCUGCUCCAACUGUAGCUUCGCAGUGGAGAGGGCACUGAACAGUCUGGACUUCGUGGAGAAGUGCCAGGUGGACCUCAUCAAUGGCAAGGCGUUUGUGCACUAUUCUGGCGGUACCGCAGCAGACCUUUGCGAAGAAGUGGAAGCUAUCGGCUUCGAUGCCCGUGUGUUGGAAGAUGAGGCAGCACUGAGUGGGGCUCACGUGGUGCUGCACCUGCUGGUGGAAGGCAAAGGCCGGGAUGCCGGAAUCGCUAGCCUUGAGUCCACGCCUGGCGUCCUGGAGUGCAGAGCAGAUGUCGACGAGCUCUGCGUCACCUUCGACCCCUUACAUGCAGGGGCACGGGAUCUGGUGGCAGUCCUGAAGAAGCACGGGCUGCAAGUGAAGACGGACCAUGCGGGAGGCAAGCUAGCGGCUGAAGCGGUUCCAAGAGGACUUCCAACCGCAGUGCUUUUGACCAUGGGCAUCAUUCUCGUCAGCGACGUGCUGCCCUGCAUUGAGCACUGCGAGCACGUGUUGUACAAGCACCUGGUGCCUGGCUUGCCCUGCAUCACGGUGCUACUGGGAGCGCUGGCCACGCCGGUGCAGCUCUUUUGCGGCUUUCGCUUUCACUUGGGCGCCUACCAUGCGGUGAUGAGUGGAGUCUGGGACAUGAAUGUUCUCAUCUCCUUGGGGACCGCGCUGUGUUUCCUCUACUCCUUGAUGGUAAUGCUUUUCAUGAUCGUCGCCUUUCACAUCGGCGGCAGCACCAUGGACUGCAAAGCGCCGCCCCCUUCCUACUUUGAGACUCCCUGCUUUGUGAUUACAACCAUCCUGGUCGGCAAGUACCUGGAGGCCUGGGCGCGCAGCGGGGCUUCCCAGGCGCUACGGCAGCUGCUGGCGCUGAAGCCGCAGACCGCCCACCUGCUGCGGGGCGUCGAGGUGGAGGAGGUGCCUGCGCAGUUGCUGCAGCUGGGGGAUACUCUGCAAGUCUUCCCAGGGGAGACGGUCCCCACUGACGGAGUCCUCACUUCCGCCAGCGCCGAUUUCGACGAGUCGCUGCUCACAGGCGAGAGCCGCCCAGUGCGGAAGGCCGCUGGCGACGUGGUCAUCGGCGGGUCCAAGUGCGUGACGGGCCGUGUGGAAAUGCGAGUAGAGAAGCUGGGCAGCCAAACCAUGCUGAGCCAAAUCAUGGCCCUGGUGGAGGAGGCCCAGCUCAGCCGCGCUCCCGUGCAGCACAUCGCGGACCAGAUCGCCCGGCACUUUGUGCCUGGCAUCGUGGCGCUGAGUGUGGUGACCUGGGGUGUGUGGUUCCUGCUGGUCUACACGUGGCAGGUGGUGCCGCUUGCGUCAAUCCUAAGGGGCCGCACAAGCAACUGGCCGGAGCUGGACAAGGCCUUCUUCGUGUUGGAGCACGGGCUGAACGUGCUGCUGGUGGCCUGCCCCUGCGCCCUGGGCCUGGCCACGCCCACCGCGGUGAUGGCGGCCACCGGGGCCGCGGCCUCCUGUGGCAUCCUGGUGCGCAGCGGUGCAAAGCCGCUGGAGCUGGGCUCCCAGGUGCAGAAGGUGGUGCUGGACAAGACAGGCACCCUCACCACGGGUAAGCCCUCCGCCGUUGCUGCAGCGUUGGUGUGCCCAUGGGCGAUGGAGGAGAGCUGGGGAGAGCUGCUGCAGGCCUUCAGAGACCACCGCGCUGCUUCCAAGGUGGCGCGUAAGGUCGCCUUUGCUUCUGAUCUGCCGACGGAUUGGCUCAGCCAGGAAGCUAUCCGCUGGCCAACUGCGAGCUGCGAGGAUUCGAGCCCCAGUCCCUCAGAGUCCACCAAGGACUCCGAGAGCAGGCUUCGGCUGACACUGCCAGGAAGCGAGGCUGCGAAAGCGCGGGAGCAGCUCCGUACCGAGGCUGAGCGGGCGCUGUGGUGGGCCCUGGGCUCUGCGGAGAUCUCAAGCGAACAUUCCCUGGCCAAGGAGCUAGUGGAGCUGGCAGGGCAAAAGGCGCGGGUGUCUUUGUCCAAGCCGGAGAGCUUCGAGAACCUGACCGGCGUGGGGCUACGCUGCAUGCUGGGGGACCUGUCAGUGGAGGUGACUGCGGCCAAGCACAUCCUGAGCAGCCAGCACGCGCUGUUGGGAUGGACGGAGGAGACGAGUGGGACCAUGUCGAGCUAA